AGAUCAGACGUCACUUAUGAUAGUGAAAGUCAAGCUCAACUGAACCUUUCUCAUCGGUUUCAUCAUUGAUUCACAUAAUAUACUCACUGCCCACCCACACCACCCUAUAUGUACCUUAGGUAGCUGCUAAAACACCAUGGACAACAAACCUGCCCCCAUGGAUUUGCCUACUCCCAACAAGCUUGUUGAAGAAGAAGAUGAUGAUAGCAUGCUCAACAACAAGAAGCUUGGUGGCAUUAAAACAAUGCCAUUCAUUCUUGCAAAUGAAAUAUGUGAUAGAUUUGCUUCAAGUGGAUUCCAUAGCAAUAUGAUAACGUAUCUGACUCAAGAACUAAACAUGCCACUGGUUCAAGCCUCCAACACCCUCACCAAUUUUGGUGGAACUGCCAGCUUUACCCCCCUCAUCGGUGCUUUGAUUGCCGAUUCAUUCGCCGGUCGCUUUUGGGCCAUCACUGUUGGAUCCAUCAUUUACGAACUGGGCUUGGUUAGCAUCACCUUAUCAGCAGUGCUACCAUCGCUACGUCCGCCCCCUUGCCCGACACAACAGAACUGCCAGGAAGCUUCAACGUUUCAACUGUGGAUAUUGUACAUUUCACUUCUCCUCACAUCGUUAGGCACCGGCGGCAUUAGGCCUUGCGUUGUAACAUUCGCCGCGGACCAAUUCGGCUCGGACAAAGUGAUCACGGGUCGGUCCAAAAAGUGGAAUUUCUUCAAUUGGUACUAUUUUAGCAUGGGGUUAGCCACAUUGACUGCCUUGACAGUGGUGGUUUAUGUACAAGAGAAUGUUGGUUGGGGCUGGGGUCUUGGAAUCCCAACCAUUGCCAUGAUCGUAUCAAUCAUUGCCUUUGUUAUGGGCUCACCCCUUUAUAAGAAAAUCGAACCAGGUGGCAGUCCACUGAUUAGAUUGGCUCAAGUCAUUGUUGCAGCCUUUAAGAAAAGAAAGGAAACUGCACCAGAGAAUCCCAAGCUCUUGUACCAGAACAAGGAGCUUGAUGCAGCCAUUUCUCUUCAUGGAAGACUUGUUCAUACAGAUCAAUACAAAUGGUUAGACAAAGCUGCAGUAGUGACAGAAUCCGAGUCUGUAAGUUCCAACCCACCUAAUCUAUGGAGGUUAGUCACAGUCCAUAGAGUCGAAGAGCUUAAAACUAUCAUCCGAAUGUUGCCAAUUUGGGCUGCUGGGAUUUUACUCGUCACCUCAUCUUCACACCUGCAUAGCUUCGUAAUCCAACAAGCUCGAACCAUGGACCGACACUUGUCGAAAUCAUUCGAAAUCCCACCAGCAAGUCUGUCCAUCUUUGGCAUCCUAACAACGCUCUCAGGCCUAGUAUUGUAUGAACGCCUCUUCGUUCCGCUAGCAAGACGGUUCACUGGACAGCCUUCGGGCGUCACGUGUUUACAACGAAUGGGAAUCGGUUUUGUUAUCAACAUCGUGGCCACGAUCGUUUCAUCGUUCAUCGAGAUCAAAAGGAAAUCCGUCGCAGCCCAUCACAACUUGCUGGAUGAUCCCAAAGCCAUAGUUCCCAUCAGUGUGUUCUGGUUAGUCCCUCAAUUCUGCCUCCACGGCAUAGCCGAAGUUUUCAUGUCAGUUGGACACUUGGAGUUCCUGUACGACCAGUCGCCGGAAAGCAUGCGAAGCACGGCAGCAGCCCUGUAUUGGACAGCCAUUUCCAUGGGGAAUUACAUUGGGACAUUGCUGGUUUCGCUUGUUCAUAAAUACACAGGUGAAAACAGUAACUGGUUGCCAGAUAGGAAUCUGAACAGGGGAAAACUUGAAUAUUAUUAUUGGCUUGUUAGUGGGAUCCAAGUCCUGAAUCUCAUUUAUUACAUAAUUUGUGCUUAUCUUUAUACUUACAAACCAAUAGAAGAGGUUAAAGAGGAAGAAGAAGAUGGUGAAUUCAAUGGAAAGAAGAUUUCAGAAAAAGGAGUUGAGCUUGCUAGAAACGAAACAGCUUAGUUGGCUUUGCUAUUAAGGGAGUUAUGUUAGUUGGUGACUCGGGUCCGUGUGAUAUGAAUAUGAUCAAAUUUUCACGUUUUUACUAUCACAUCUUUAUAUUUUAUCUAUUAAAAGCGAAUAUUUCAAAUAUUUGAAAUGUUUAAGCAUUUAUUUAAUAAUGAAUGUUAAUGAAGGGUUUACAAGCUCAAGUUUUAUUAAUAUAUCUUUUGAUAAACUA